CAGAAAGGAGAGCGUUCAAAGUCGUUCAGCUUGUCAACGCAGCCUCAACGAGAAAUUUCUAAUCUUAACCUUAACUGAAGCAACGAACGAAUCAUUGAACUUUCUUUGUUGCUAUGGCUCUUCAAGAUCGAACACGUUCCUAUGGAAACCGUUUCCUAGGAAACUGCUAUGUAUAUAAAGGAAGAUAUCCCAAUGAUAAUCUUCCCCAAUCGAGUAGUUACUUCGUUUACCCGAUGCCACCAAGUUCCUUGUACUACUCAUGUUUGCCUGCCACUAAUAUGCGCCAGAAUCCAAUUCUACAGCUUGGUGAAACAAUGAGUGGAGCCAUUGGUAUCCCAUCCGAUUACUUGAAUGAUUUUGGCUACUUCCAACGUUUUAAAGAUGAGGGAGACCAAGACCGGAAAAGUGACGUAUUUCAUUUCACUGGACAUGAUGCAAUUAUACAACAUACCGAUGAUACAAAAAGGAACAUCAACAAUUCUCUUCACAAAAAGGAAAUGACAACCAAGUGUUCAAUCUGUGAGAAAGUGUACUCACGAAGUUCAACGCUCAAAAUCCAUCUCAGGACCCACACAGGGGAAAGGCCUUUUAAGUGCAAUGUUUGUUCCAAAUCAUUUUCGCAGAAUGCGAAUCUGCGGGCCCAUCUACGUAUUCAUACUGGCGAGAAGCCAUUUAAGUGCUCUGUUUGUGAUAAGAGUUUUACCCAAUCUUCGUCGCUGACCUUGCACAUGCGCGUCCAUAGCGGUGAGAGGCCAUACAGAUGUAACAUCUGCCUUCGAGGUUUUGCAUGCAGCUCUACACUCACCAAGCAUCUACGUAUUCACACUGGAGAGAAGCCGUACCAGUGCAAAGUCUGUGAUAUGAGAUUCUCGCAAUCAGGAAAUUUAUCCAGGCAUAUGAGGUUGCAUGAAAAGAUUGUAUACGUAUAAGCGGUUUCACCAGCUUUUCCCCAAGCAUUGCUCACUUUAUUUAAAUUAUCCUAUCUUUUUAUUAUUCAUUUUUUUWAAUUC